UUUCGCUGAUUCUCAUAGCGACUUAAUUUUACCACGGUGUGCACCCAAGUAGUGACUUUAGAGUUAUCCCCCUUAGUAAACAAAUCCAUAUGUCUUACUUUGAGUUCCACUUCGGAGAGAUUCAGCUGUAGUCGUGUAGAUAUUUAAUACCUCACCGAUGCAUUCAUGUAGAAACUGAAAUCCCUCCCGGGCUGUCCACGAGGAUGGCAGCACUUUCAGAAAAAUACGAAAACGGACGUAAUAUUUUGAUAAUCGAAGGUUUUUAUGGCGGAUCUCACAAGCAGUUGGUUGAUCUGCUGUGUGACAAACUGACGGGGUGCGUUCGGUAUACUUUGCCAGCCAAGAAAUGGCACUGGAGGGCCAGGACCUCCGCUCUCUACUUCAGUCAAAGUGUGAGUGUGGGGAGUAUCGGUACAGUAUUAUUCACCAGCUCAGUAUUGAAUCUGGCAGAGUUAACUGCCCUUAGGCCUGACCUUGGGCGACUGAGGAAGGUUGUGUACUUCCAUGAGAACCAGCUUGUGUACCCUGUCCGGAAACAACAGGACAGAGACUUUCAGUAUGGAUAUAAUCAAAUACUGUCAAGCCUGGUUGCGGAUAUUGUUCUGUUCAACUCCACAUACAACAGAGAUUCCUUUCUGGAUAAUAUAUCCUCCUUCCUCAAGCUUAUACCAGACCACAGACCAAAGGGUCUGGCUGAACAGAUCAGACCGAAAUGUCAGGUUCUGUACUUUCCCCUGUCCUUCUUUACCGGCUGUGAUAAGACCCAGGGCACAGAUGCAACUCUGAUGCAGGUAACAUCUCACAGCACUGACCAUCAGACAGAUGUGAGUUUCCUAUACAGUGACCAUCACAUAGAAGAGAAUCGCCCAUGUGGUGACCUUCACCGGACUUGGUCCAAAAGAGGGAAACUGGAUCCAAGUCCUACAGGACAAGGGGGAUGUAAUGUGCAAAAUGUUAAACAUAGUUUGGCAAAUGAUUCUAUAGAAGUAGGUAAACCUGCACAAGAAUUGAGAAGUGACUUUCAGCAGAAUACCCACGGUAAAACGGGCAGUGAUGUUCGUGAUGCAGCAGAGAUGCUGGGGGACCUGGAAGUGCUGAAAGGACCUGAAGCUGGUGAUGGACUGUGUUGUGUGUCCCAGAGCUCCUCCAGUGUCAGGGGACAGACUACCCAGAUGAACAGAUUGUGUGAUACAGGGGACAGAUCACUUCAUAUUGUGUGGGCACAUAGAUGGGAACAUGACAAGGAUCCAGAGACAUUCUUCCAGACAUUGUUCCGUCUCCAUGAUGAAGGGUAUCAGUUCCAGGUUUCUGUGAUGGGAGAGACGUAUACAGAUGUACCAGAAAUCUUUUCGGAAGCCAAGACCAAGUUAGGUGAUCACAUUGUUACAUGGGGUUACCAGGGCAACAAGGGAGACUACUACACAACCCUGCAGGCUGCUGAUGUUGCUGUGUCGACUGCUCGGCAUGAAUUCUUCGGUGUAGCAAUGCUGGAGGCUGUACACAAUGGGUGCUAUCCCCUUUGUCCAGAUAACUUGGUGUAUCCUGAAAUAUUCCCAGCCCAAUGUCUAUAUAGAACACCAACUCAGUUGUACAAGAGACUCCGUGAAUACUGCCAAAACCCCACCUACCCAGAACACAGAGACCACAGAUUGAUCUCAACAGAUUUCGAUGGGAAACGCUAGAAGAAAAGUAUAAAGAAAUUUUGUAUGUAGACUAGAAAAUAAACAUGAAGUGAUAUUU